AGCGACACUAACAGGAAGUGCAGUUAUUUUGAUACGGAAGUAUCAAGCAAAAUAAGGCAAAGAAGAAGUGGAUAGAAUAACAUACGAAGAAUACGUCGUGUCAUUUCUUGUGGUUCUGUACAGCUGCUAGAUUAAAGUGUCCGACAGACAUCUCCAAGAUGGAAUUCCUAUUUGGAAAAAGGAAAACCCCAGAGGAGAUGUUGCGACAGAAUCAGAGGGCACUGAAUCGAGCAAUGAGAGACCUUGACAGAGAGAGACAGAGACUGGAACAGCAGGAGAAGAAGAUAAUAGCUGACAUCAAGAAAAUGGCCAAACAAGGACAGAUGGAUGCGGUCAAAAUCAUGGCCAAGGACCUUGUUCGCACACGGCGCUACGUCAAAAAAUUCAUCAUGAUGAGAGCGAACAUCCAAGCAGUCAGCCUUAAAAUUCAGACAUUAAAGUCAAACAACAGCAUGGCACAGGCCAUGAAGGGGGUAACCAAGGCCAUGGCUACCAUGAACAGACAGCUGAAACUGCCUCAGAUUCAGAAGAUCAUGAUGGAAUUUGAACGACAGAGCGAAAUCAUGGACAUGAAGGAGGAAAUGAUGAACGAUGCAAUCGACGAUGCAAUGGGUGAUGAGGAUGAUGAAGAUGAGAGUGAUGCCAUCGUUUCUCAAGUCUUGGAUGAACUGGGCCUUAAUCUUUCAGACGAACUUUCAAACCUUCCCUCGAUGGGAGGCAGCCUGUCUGUGGCCGGGGGGAAGAAGGUUGAACCACAGGCAGCCCUGGCAGAUGCAGAUGCGGACCUGGAGGAGAGACUCAAUAACCUCAGGAGAGACUGAGGGGAACCAGGAAGACUUGGGUGGAGGCUUUAAUACAGAUAUAAGCGUGUAAAGUUUUUCUCUCUGACUUCUUUAUUGAAUCAUAGAUUGCAUAAGAGGUAGGACAUGAGGAUGAACACUGGAGUGUUUGAGGUGUCUUUGUUAAACAGCAUAUGGUUUUGUUGGGUCUGUUUCAUUAUUAUUUCUGUGCUCUAAGUGCAGUUUAUACUCUUGUGCAUUACCAGUGACCAGUCAUAAUCCAAACAAAUGUAUUCCCUUCAAAUCUUAGUUAAAUUGGGGGUUAAAGGGGAAAAUGUGGUUAUUAAAUAGAUGAUUGUUUUGAUUAUGUCUCAAGCCUUGAGAGAAUUUAACACUAAUUGCUCUCCCAUUGAUAAAAAUGAAUAGGCGAAGCAGCCCCAGAUUUGACAGAUUUAUAGUUGCAUUUGCAAUAACCUGUGCAUCGCUAUAUUGUUGCCUAUUUAGGUUAUAUGUGACUGGACAAGUCCACAGAUUUCCUUAUAUGACUGACAUCAGGUUGUAGUAUUGGUGCACUCCAAGGACUGUUCUCUCUUCUCUUUCUGUUUUUUCUGUAUUUGUUGUUCAAUACACAUGGAGGUUUAUAUACUCAGAUGUCUCAAAUGAAGCUUAGAACUAUCUCUGGGGUCUCUGAACAGGUCCUGAUUAGGAAAUACAAUUUGAAGUCCUGUGUGCCAGUCGGUGCCACACUUUUUAA